AUUAAAAAAAAAAAAAAAAACUAAAUAUAAAGUUGAAUUAUGGCGCUAAAUUUGAACGAGCUGCUGCAGCAGGCACAGCGCCUCUCCAAUGAAACCCAAAUAGACACAGAAAUGCCGCGCGUCGAUCGUACGCUCUCGCAGGUUCUACAAGCCACACAGGAGCUGCAUGAGCGCGUCACACAAGCCGGCACAAACGAUUUGCAAGCUCACAUUCUGCUUGGCUCUAGGGGCGUCGAUCUGCCAAAACUGACACAGAAACUCGAGACCUUGAGCGCCAGUCAAUCCUUCGAGCCCAUCAACCCCAUUGGCGAUACCGAUGUGGAGGGCUACCUGAAGAACGAGCGCGAGAAUGCUAUAAUUGCCGUGAUUGAGGAGACCAAUAAAAAUAUAUUCAAAUCGGUGGAGCGCAACAAAAUGCGCUGCAUACUUGCCGAAUGGGGCGAGGAGAAGGAGCAUCUGCUUAAUGCCCUGGUCGGGCCCAAUCAGGAAGACUUUCCCGAGGUGCACCGCCACAUGGUGUCCACCGUACUGCCACAGACAGCCAUGCCGCGCUCUCGCCUGAAUCGCGUGGAGGCCUUGUAUGCCCAGCAGAUCACCAUCUACAAUGAGGUCCACAAUCAGGGCAGCCAACGCACCAAUUUGCUCAACCAGUUCACCCAAAUGGUGAAGGAGCAGGAGACUGUCAUGGAUGUUCAGAUUAGCGAAAUGUGGAGCGUGCUGACCUACAUGGCCAAUGUGACGCCCCUCAGUCGCAGCGUUGAGCCGGCCAAGUUGCGCCAGAACGGCCUACCAUUGGUGCAGAAGGCCCUGAGCUAUCUGGAGCAGUGCUACAAGCGGUACAUGAAUACGGUCAUCCAGAAGAAUCGUCUGAUUGGCCUACGCGGCGGCGUACCCAAUGUCUACAAUACGGUAUGCUCCUAUGUGACCAUCGCCUUCCAGUCGCCUCAUUCCUUGGUCGGGCUGCUCGACGUCAGCGAUGGGCGUCCCUUGUGGCCGCAUGUCUACUACAGCUUGCGCAGCGGUGAUCUCGGCGCCGCCGUGCAGUUCCUCAAGGAGGGCGGCGUUUGCCCCGAUUUGAUGAAGCUGCUGCAGGCCAAGCAUAAGCUCAAACAGAAGCAGGACCAUCUGCAUCCGCUGAACGAAACUGAGCGUCCCACUGUCAAGCUCGAGGGGCAGCUCAAGCUCGAGUACUGCAACAAGCUGCGCAUCUGCACAGAUCCCUUCAAGAAGGCGGUCUAUGCCAUCGUCUUGGCCUGCGAUCCGAACGAGCCGCACCAGGAGGUGGUGCGCACCAUUGACGACUUCCUUUGGAUGCAGCUGAGCGUACUGGACACCGCCGAGCGCAUCGACUACGACUUGGAGCGCCUUAGCUACGGCGACCUGCAGUCGCUCAUCUUGGAGAAGUAUGGCGAGCACUAUUUCAAUGCACGCGAGAAGACGCCGCUCUACUUCCAGGUGCUCGUCCUCACUGGCCAGUUCGAGGCAGCGCUUGAGUUUCUCGCCCGCACCGAUGCCAAUCGUCCGCAUGCCGUGCACAUGGCCAUCGCCCUCAACGAGCAGUAUAUGCUCGCAACGCCGAACGACAUACAGAAGCCGCUGCUCUCCACCGACCCAACCGAUCCGCCGCCCAUGCGUCGCCUCAAUCUGGCGCGCCUGAUCAUCAUGUACACGAAGUGCUUCGAGCAGACCGACACCGUCGAGGCACUGCAAUACUAUUACUUGUUGCGCAACUUCAAGACCUCCGAUGGACGCAACCUGAUGAUGAGCUGCGUCUGCGAUAUGCUCGUCGAGAACUGCGACGAGAAUAUGUUGCUCUUGAUUUUUGGCUCGCCCGAUCCCUCUGAUCCGUGGCGCUACGUUGGCGGCAUCUUGUCCCAAUUCUCCAACUUGGAUUACGACAAGUACAUCCUGGCCGGCAUGGUGGGCGACGAGCUGGCGCAUCGCACCAAAUUCGAGGCGGCCAUCCGUCUCUACUUCAUUGGCGGCCAGCUGGACAAGGCCUUGCGGCUGCUCUGCUCGCUGCUCACGCAGGUGGUGCACCAGCCGGCGGAGAAGGGCAGCGUCCGCGAGCAGCUGACGGUGAUGUCGGAGCGCAUGAAUGAGUCGCUGAGCCGGCGCAUAGCCGACAUCGACGAGCCUGUGAUGCGCACCUAUCGCAUGCUGGCGGAGCUCAUCAAGUUCUUCGACUAUUACCAUUCGGGUCAAUCGCGUUUGGCCGAUGAGGUCCUCAACAGGAAUCGCAUUACGCCCAACAGCUGUGCCGAGGUGGACGAGUGUGUCAACAAGCUGAAGCUGGUUGGAACCGACAUGAUCAAAGUGCUGCCCGAUGUGCUGCUGGCCGCCAUGGAUCUGAUCUACGGUCAGUAUCUGGAGAUGAAGGCCGGCGCCAACAUAAGUAGCCGCAGCAUCAGCUCCAACGACGAGCUGCUGAGUGAGCCCAAGGAGGAGAUUCUCUCACAUUUGCGCCAACGCGCCAAGGCACUCACCAACAUGGCUGCCACGCUGCCCUAUCGCAUGCCCUCGGACACCAACAAUCGCCUCGUCCAGCUGGAGAUCCUGAUGCACUGAAGCA